AUGGAGGGAGUCGAUCUUACCAAGGCGAUGCUCAACAAGGGCAAACAGAUGGCAAACGUUGCUGCGUCAGCUGCCAAUGGCAACGGCGGAAAGAAGAGGAGAAAGGGCACCGACUUGAAGCCCAUCGUCACUAAUGAAGCGAACCCUGGGCCCGGUGCUACAGAAUCAACCGGCGCUGCUCAGUCAAACUCCAAAGCAUCCGCAUCGCGAUCAUCAUCCUCAUCGUCUGGCGAAGAACUCGAGGCUACCGCGGAAGAGGAGGACUCCGAAGAUUAUUGCAAAGGCGGAUACCACCCCGUCGCUGUGGGCGAAGCAUACAACAAUGGUCGCUAUAUUAUCGUGCGCAAGCUUGGAUGGGGUCAUUUUUCGACGGUCUGGCUGUCGCGGGACACAACCACCAACAAGCAUGUCGCGCUGAAGGUGGUUCGAUCCGCCGCACACUACACCGAAACCGCGAUCGACGAAAUCAAGCUCCUCAACAAAAUAGUUCAAGCGAAACCCUCUCACCCUGGUCGGAAGCAUGUGGUCAGUCUGCUGGACUCGUUUGAACACAAGGGACCCAACGGUAUCCAUGUUUGUAUGGUUUUUGAAGUCCUGGGCGAGAACCUCUUGGGUUUGAUCAAGCGGUGGAACCAUCGCGGUAUUCCCAUGCCGCUAGUCAAGCAGAUUGCAAAGCAAGUACUGCUGGGCUUGGACUAUCUCCACCGCGAGUGUGGAAUCAUCCACACGGAUCUGAAGCCGGAGAAUGUCCUGAUCGAGAUUGGAGAUGUGGAGCAGAUCGUCAAGGCGCAUGUCAAGGAAGAAGCCAAUAAAGAUGCCAAAGAGAAAGAGGAUAACCGGAACGGGCGGAGACGGCGACGCACACUGAUCACAGGGAGCCAGCCGCUCCCUAGUCCGCUCAACACCAACUUCAAUAACUUCGACUUCAAACAUAGCUCUUCCAACUCACACAGUAGCCUCAGCCAGAUGGUCAAUGAGCCUGCAGCAGAAACGCCCUCCAUGAGAGAACUGCUUGGGGUGAAGGAAGAAGAUGUGCAGCAGAACCAGCGAGAGAAAACUGCAGAUCUUCUGGAGCGCGAGGUGUCUGGCAUUUCCCUCGAUAAAGGCUCUUCGAGCAAAUCACCGGAAGAAGAACUUGACGUCAAUAUUAUUUCUGUCAAGAUUGCAGACUUAGGCAAUGCUUGUUGGGUCGGUCAUCAUUUCACCAACGACAUUCAGACUCGUCAAUACCGCUCGCCCGAAGUCAUACUGGGCUCUAAGUGGGGUGCCAGUACCGACGUGUGGAGUAUGGCAUGCAUGGUUUUCGAACUCAUCACUGGAGACUACCUCUUCGACCCCCAAUCAGGGACCAAAUAUGGCAAGGACGAUGAUCACAUCGCCCAAAUCAUUGAACUACUGGGUCCCUUCCCCAAGUCACUCUGCAUGUCCGGCAAAUGGUCCCAAGAAAUUUUCAAUCGCAAGGGUGAACUGCGCAAUAUCCACCGACUUCGUCACUGGGCCCUGCCCGACGUCCUGCGAGAAAAGUACCACUACUCCAUGGAGGAGAGCAUGCGUAUUAGCGAACUCCUAUUGCCCAUGCUUGAUCUGUCACCGGAGAAGAGGGCGAACGCUGGUGGUAUGGCAGCUCAUGAGUGGAUAAAGGACACGCCUGGUAUGGAUGGGAUCGAUCUGGGCAUUGUCCCUGGAACUCGUGGGGAGGGUAUUGAAGGCUGGGCUGCUGAGGUCAAAAAGCGAUGA